AGCACAAUUUAUGAUGACGUUUUUAGAAGGAAAUGUAUUUUUAUGAAACCGAGAGAAUGUUCUCAUUUUUCUUUGUUGAUUUUAUUGUUGUUUUUGUUUAACGAUUGAUAUAUAUAUUAAAGCCAUUCAUGUAUUAUCAACAAUGGCGUGUAAUAAGCUUGAUUUGAAGCAUGGCUUCAUGAAAAGUAUUAUCAGAAAUCAAGUAGAAAGGGAUAAUUAUGACAAAGAAGUGAAAGCCCACAAACAAGACAAGAGACACCAGUUUUCUUUCAAUAAUCGACCAAGACGACCAGAAGCACCAAGGUAUAUCCCUCCAAAGAGAGAAAACUGGGACCAGCCUGAACAAGAAUCAUCUGAAGAGGAUGAUAUGCCUAAAACCUUAUUCAGGUUUGAGUUUGAAGACAAAGAUGGUAAAGUUUAUAAACAGUAUGUGAAAGAGGGAGUACAGGCAGAAGUGUUAGCAAUGAGAAUGGGAUAUGAUAGAAAGUUGAGUAAAGGAAUGGUUAAAGCUCUAGAACAAAGAUUACAAGCUGAGAUUGAUAAAAGAACAAAAUCAUGACAGGAGUCGAACAUCUCACCUCACACACAUGACUUGCAAGCCACUAUACCACCUGCACUCUGACCUCAGCUUGUUACAGUAUACACUGCCACAACCGCUAGUGUGCCAAUAUAAUCAAUGUUAACACCUCAUCUGUUUUGAUAACAUACUUGUUUAAUGUAUCUUUGAUAGAUAUUGUGUAAUCAAUUGAAUAUACAUGAACCAUUUCAGAAUGAAAUAUAUUGAUAAUAGGAUUUAUAAUUUAUAAUGUAUGUUGCCAUAUAUAAAGCAGCAUGUAAAAUUUCUGUUUUAAUGCACACAGUAUCUUUUGCUGUACUGGCUUCUUUUUAAAUGGUUGAUUUUAUGAAUUUUUUCACAGAAAGACAAUUUGACUGUCUUUACCCUUAAAUCUUGAUUCAUCCAGACUCUUGAACUUUGUUAUUGCUGUUAUAUGCAAGACUG